AUGUACCUUGAUGGAGACUUCCGCACGAACAGAUCAGUGACGGCUUGGGCCUCUAGCAACUGUUAUUGCCGGCCGAUUCGGGAUACAAAAACUGUUAUUGCAGCGUAUGUGGUCGCUGCAUUUGCCUGUGCAGGUGGUGCCUUCGCGCCUAAUAUUUCUACUUUGAUCAUCUCGUGCGGAGUUAUCGCAGGAGCUUGUGGCGGUAUUACAUUUGUAGCUGGUGUGGCUAUAAUCGGAGAGUACUUCGAGAUAUGGCAAGGAAUGGCAUUCGCAAUUGCAUCCACUGGAAUUGGAAUAGCUCCAUUGAUGCUUGCCCCUCUCCAGCAAUACCUAAUCGAUGUGUACACGUGGAGAGGAGCUCUGUUCAUCAGUGCCGGAGUGCUACUGAACGGCUGCGUAGUCGGAGCCAUCAUGAGGGACCCACCAACUGAUCAUAAAACCUUGUCUGCUAAGGAACUAUUACAAGCCUCGUGUAACAAAUAUCAGUUGAAUGACAUUAUUUAUAUAAUUUUCUGCAUUUUUAAUUUCAUGCACAUGUUUGGAGUAAGUGCAUCGCUGGUAUUACUCUACGAUCACUUAGAAUCUCAGAGUUACACCCCAGAGCGAGCUUCGUGGUCGUUCACAAUGUGGGGAAUUUUGAACAUCUGUGGAAAGUUGUUCACUGGCGUUCUCAUUCACACGAAGCAAGUGUCCCAGUGCAGUGUUCACGUGUUAUACACCGCACAAGCUAUGUUAGGAGCAUUUUUUAUUCUCCUGGCUUUACCUGGUCAAGUCUACCUUUACUAUGACGUAAUUUUGAGUUUUUACGGAUUUGUCGUUGGAAUGACUGCAGCGGCAUGGCCCACAGUCUGUGUUGACUUGUUUGGUCAGAAGAAGCUCAUGGCUACAAUGGGAUGGCUUCUACUAUGCCAAGGCGCUGGAUGUACCAUAGGAGCUCCUAUUGGAGGUCGCCUAAACGACGCUUUCCAAACAACGUCGGCAGCAUAUUACAUGGCCGGAUGUGUGAGUGUCAUCAGCAGCCUGUUCGUACUCGUGCUGCUACCUAUCGGGAGACAUAACCUAGAGAAAGAAAGACGCAGACGAUACGUCACCGUGACGUCAGAAUCAAGUCAGUUCCAGGAAGAAAUAAUAGUAUAGUGAGGCUGAGACUUGCGUCGUACUGGAGUCAAAAGAUGGCUACCAACGGGUAUCUCUAGACGCUGCCACUCCAUCGUAGACUGUCAAUCUUAUAUACACUGCAGUCUGUA